AUGCAACAUGAUGAUGUCAUCUGGUCUGUUCUUAAUGGACAAUUUUGUUCAUAUAAACAACAAAAAUCAAAAACACAAAUAUUCUGUUCAAAUGAAUAUAAUUUAACUGGUUUAUGUGAUCGUCGUUCAUGUCCAUUAGCUAAUUCACAAUAUGCAACUGUACGUGAAGAAAAAGGUAUUUUAUAUCUUUAUAUGAAAGUUGUUGAACGUUCACAUUAUCCAAAAAAACAAUGGGAAAAAAUUAAAUUACAUGAAAAUUAUAUUCGUGCAUUAAAACAAAUUAAUGAACAUUUGAUUUAUUGGCCACGUUUUAUAAGACAUAAAUGUAAACAACGUUUAACAAAAUUAACACAAUAUAUUAUUCGUACACGUCGUUUAAUACGUGAACGUCGUCAUGAAGAAAAAGCAUUUGUUGCUGCAAAUAUUGAUCGAGCUAUUGAAAAUGAAUUACUUGAAAGAUUAAAAAAAGGAACUUAUGGAGAUACAUAUACAUUUCCUGUUAAUGCAAUUUCAAUGGAUGAAGAAGAUGAAGAAGUUGAAAGUGAUGAAGAUGAAGAAGAAAAAGAAAAAGAACAAGAAAGUGAAGAAGAAAUUGAAUAUGUUGAAGAUUUUGAUGAAAGUGAUGCUGAAGAUAUGGAAGAUAUGGGUGAUGAUAUGAGUGAUGAAGAAGAAUUAAUUAAAUCAAUUCCAUCAUCAAAGAAACGUUCACUUGAAAUUGAAUAUGAACCUGCAGUUGAAAUACCUGUUCGAGGUGCUGAACGUGCCGGAAUUAUUUAUUGUUAUGCUACAAGAGAUUCAGUAGCUGAUGAUUGGCAUGUAGACAAACUUGAAUUUAAAGGUAGUAGUCAAUCGCAACGUUUUCUUUUCUAUGAUCGAGCAUUACGACGAACUUCAUCAUCAACAGAAAAAUUAGAAUAA